AUAUUUUCAAGCAUUCACCCUAUUUUAUCACAUACCUAUCUCCUCUUCUAAUUUCCCUACCCACCUUUCAAACACUCCUACCAUGCAACUACCUCUCCUCACUCUCUCCCACUACUCCUCUCAAUACUCGCCUCGUUUACAUCCCUACUGAUACCAGUUUGUUACUCCGCACAUUAUAGUGUAAGCCAAAAAAAUACAUAAAUACUCGAUUCUGCUCUGCUCGUUUACACCCUAUUAUUACAUAGAGUGUAAUGGAUUUCUCUUCUUACUACCACCUCAUUUUCAUCACAUUAGCACUCCUAGUUAUCACAACCGUAUCCUUCACUUACAAGUCCACUUCCAAGAGUAAAGCUACUAAAACCUCGUGGUCCGGGUCGGGGGCCCGACGUAGUCUUCCACCGGGCCCGCCGGGUUGGCCCAUUGUUGGCAACCUGUUUCAGGUUGCCAACUCCGGGAAACAAUUUUUCGAAUAUGUAAGAGAACUUGCACCAAAGUACGGCCCCAUCUUCACCCUCAAAAUGGGGUCACGUACUUUGAUUAUCGUUAGUAGCGCCGAGUUAGCUCACGAGGCGUUGAUCGAGAAGGGUCAGGUGUUUGCAACCCGACCCGCCGAAACCCCGACCCGAGGGAUAUUCAGUUGCGAUAAGUUCACCGUCAAUGCGGCUGUUUACGGCCCGGUUUGGCGGUCGUUAAGAAAAAACAUGGUGCAAAACGGGCUUAGUUCUUCUAGGUUAAAGGAAUUCAAAAGUGUACGUAACAUUGCCAUGGAUAAGUUCAUAGAAAGGAUUAAGGUUGAGGCGGAGAAGGAUCAAAACGGCGUCGUUUACGUGUUGAAGAACGCUCGUUUCGCGGUGUUUUGCAUCUUACUAGCCAUGUGUUUUGGUGUUGAGAUGAGUGAGGAAACUGUUGAGAAGAUUGAUCAUACGUUAAAAGAGGUGUUGAUUACGGUGAGCCCGCGUAUAGACGAUUACCUCCCUAUCCUAGGGUUGUUUUUCUCUAAGCAACGUAAGGAAGCUCUUGAGGUACGUAGGAAACAGAUCGAGACGUUAAGACCGUUUAUUGAACAACGACGGGCCAUUCUUCGGGCUGGGCUUGCUUCUGACCCGACCGCGACCCCGUUCUCGUACUUGGAUACGUUGUUUGAUCUUCAGAUUGAGGGUCGGAAGUCAGGCCCGACUGAGCCCGAGAUUGUGACCCUUUGUUCGGAGUUUAUCAAUGGGGGGACGGAUACUACUGCGACUGCAAUUGAGUGGGCCAUGGCCCGGCUCAUUGAGACCCCGGAAAUGCAGGAUAAGAUAUACGAGGAGAUUCGAUCCAAAGUAGGAACCCGAUCCGUUGAGGAGGCGGACCUUGACAAAAUGCCGUAUUUGCAUGCGUUUGUCAAGGAGCUCCUCCGUAAGCACCCUCCUACGUAUUUUUCCCUCACUCAUGCGGUUACCGAGCCCGCUACCCUCGGGGGAUACCAUAUCCCCACGGGGUGUAACGUGGAUCUUUACCUCCCCGGGAUAUCCGAGGACCCGAAGCUAUGGAAAAACCCGAAGAAGUUUGAUCCGGAACGGUUCUUAUCGGGCGGGGAGGAUGCGGAUAUGAAUGGGGUUAAGGAAGUGAAAAUGAUCCCAUUUGGGGCGGGUAGACGGGUUUGUCCGGGUUUGAGUAUGGCUACAAUUCAUGUGAAUUUACUAAUUGCAAGGUUAGUCCAAGAAUUUGAAUGGAGGGCAUUUCCGGAAAAUACUAAGGUGGAUUUUAGUGAGAAAUUGGAGUUUACUGUGAUCAUGAAGAAUCCAUUGAGAGCUAAGAUCAUUCCAAGGGUUUGAUUUAUUAUUUUAUGUUAAUCUUAAUUAAUUUAAUAAUGCAAUAUUACAAUUUUUGUUUAUAAUAAAUAUUUUAUUAUUUUGUUUUUGUUUUACUUUUAAUUAUUACUUGUGGAUUAACAUUUCCUUGGCAUAUAUAAAAGGAGUGGUUGUAAGUUGUAACACUUUGUAAGUUUAUUAAAGCAUCAAACAAGAGUUUCUUUGUCGA